CUUCUUCAUCCAACUAUCACCUUCUCCUCCCUCGUCUUUCUAUCCACUUCAUCCUCUCUUCUACCCCCAACUAUCCCCUCUUAAACAACCUCCUUGUUCCCUCUGUCUUCCCCCCUUGUCCCUCUUUCUUUCUCCACUCCAUCGUCUCCCUCUCUCCAUCAUCACCUCCUCUCCUGUCAGUCUCCACCCCCCCAACCCCCACCCCCCACACCCUCCCUCCCUCCCUCCUCGUCCUCGGCAGCUGCUGGUUCUCAGGUGAGCGCCCCUCGGUUCCUCUCACUCUCACGUCUGUGACUCGGGAAAGGACUCGGCCGGCGUCGGACCUCCGCGAUGGGGAGACUUGACUCGCUCCGGCAACUUAACCUGCUGCAGUGGCUGCGGGAGGAGCGACAGUCGAGGAAGCUGAUCCUCUUCAUCGUGUUCGUGGCUCUGCUGCUGGACAACAUGCUGCUGACGGUGGUCGUGCCCAUCAUCCCCAGCUACCUGUACAACAUGGACGAGUCCACCAGCGUCAGCACCACGCCCCCCCCGGAGCCUGAGCAGCCUUCAGCCUUCCACAGCAUCGUGUCCCUGUACGACAACACGCUCAGGGUGUCUGGCUACAACGGCACAGUCCUCGCCACAGAGGGCGUCACGCCGACUCCCGCCGCCGCCUCCGCUGGUCCGCCACAGAACGACUCGGACUGCCCGCAGUCCAGCACCCGGCUGAUCAACGAGAACGUCAAAGUGGGAAUGUUGUUUGCCUCCAAAGCCACGGUGCAGCUGAUCACCAACCCCUUCAUCGGCCCCCUGACCAACAGAAUUGGAUACCAGCUUCCGAUCUUCAUCGGCUUCUGCAUCAUGUUCCUCUCCACCAUCAUGUUCGCCUUCUCGUCCAGCUACGCGCUGCUGUUCCUGGCCCGCUCGCUGCAGGGAGUCGGCUCCUCCUGUUCCUCGGUGGCUGGAAUGGGGAUGCUGGCCAGUGUGUACACGGACGACGAGGAGAGGGGCCACGCCAUCGGGAUCGCCCUGGGCGGCCUGGCCAUGGGAGUGCUGGUCGGACCUCCGUUCGGGAGCGUGAUGUACGAGUUUGUGGGGAAGACGGCGCCGUUCCUCAUCCUGGCCUUCCUCGCCGUGUUUGACGGAGCUCUGCAGCUCUUCGUGCUUCAGCCCACCAAAGUGGAACCUGAGAGCCAGAAGGGGACGCCGCUGUUGACCCUCAUGAAGGACCCAUACAUUCUGAUCGCAGCUGGCGCCAUUUGUUUUGGGAACAUGGCCAUCGCCAUGAUGGAGCCCACGCUGCCCAUCUGGAUGAUGGAGACCAUGUGUGCCAGGAAGUGGCAGUUAGGAGUGGCCUUCCUCCCAGCAUCCAUCUCCUACCUUAUUGGGACCAACAUCUUUGGAACGAUGGCUCACAAGAUGGGAAGGUGGCUGUGUGCUCUGAUCGGGAUGGUGGUGGUCGGGAUCAGUGUGAUAUGUGUCCCAUUUGCCAAGAGCAUCUACGGACUGAUUCUCCCGAACUUCGGAGUGGGCUUUGCCAUCGGCAUGGUGGACUCCUCCAUGAUGCCUAUUAUGGGAUACCUGGUGGAUUUGCGCCACGUCUCCGUCUAUGGCAGCGUGUACGCCAUCGCUGACGUGGCCUUCUGCAUGGGCUACGCUAUAGGUCCGUCGAUCGGAGGGUCCAUCGACGAAAGCAUCGGCUUCCCCUGGCUGAUGACCAUCAUCGGAAUCGUGGACAUCUUGUUUGCGCCGCUCUGCUUCUUCCUCAGGAAUCCUCCGGGACAGGAGGAGAAAGUCGCCAUCCUGAUGGACAGCAACUGCUCCAUGAAGACGCGCUCCUACUCAGCACAGCACACCUACUACCAGGGCGAGAGCAUGGAUCCGGAAUACGACGACUACGAUUAACGCCGCCCGCCGCGUCGGCUCAGAGGAUUUAUUUUGUUGUACAAAAAAAAAUACGGAAGAGAAAAAAAAAACAAGCAGCCAAGAUGUUUCCAUGUGAAUGUCCCGCGUUUCUGUUCGGUGUCCCGUCGGCUCCUUCGCCGAACCAAAGCUGAAAGAGUUCCUCAGCCCACAGCCUUAUUCAGUAGAGAGCCGCGUCGCCGAGCUCACGGCAGGGAGCCGCGACACGAGUCCGCUUUGCUGGUUUACGUCAAAGUCGUCUUCACGCGUCCAGCCAUCCACGUCUGGUCACCUGCUGUUUGUCCAAAAAGAGGUUCCGUUGAACAGUUGUAAUACUCUCACUCAUGGUGUCGUGUGUUUAGACUCGGGUGUGUUUGUCUUCAGCUCAGUUUGUAAUGACACGUGGAUAUCCAGAGAAAAGUGGAUUUAAU